AUGUCAUACAUGGAUGAGAGAACGAAAAUCGUAGACGUAUGGGCAAAUAAUCUAGAGGAGGAAUUUGAACGAAUCCGGGAUGUAGUCGAAAAUCAUCCCUAUGUUGCUAUCGAUACAGAAUUUCCAGGAAUCGUUGCUAGGCCAACAGGAAAUGUAAUAGAUUAUAAUUACCAAACAAUAAAAUGCAAUGUAGACUUGUUGAAGGUGAUACAAUUGGGAGUUACCUUUUCUAAUGGGAAAGGGGAGCUACCGAAGGUAUCAACAUGGCAAUUCAAUUUUAAGUUUGAUUUAGAAAGUGAUAUGUAUGCUCAGAAUUCUAUAGACUUCCUAAAGCUCAGUGGAAUAAAUUUUGAAAAACAUCAGUCCCUAGGUAUCGAGUUGCUGCAUUUUGGGGAAGUUAUUAUGUCCUCAGGUCUUGUUAUGAAUGAAGACGUCAAAUGGAUAUCUUUUCAUGGUUGCUAUGAUUUUGCUUAUCUGUUAAAAAUACUAACUUGCUGUGCUUUACCGCAUAAUGAAAUUGCCUUUUUUGAUCUACUGAAUGAUUUUUUCCCCUCUCUGUACGAUAUAAAAUAUUUGCUGCUAAAUUUGAACAUCAAGCAAUUAAGUAGGACCUAUUCCUUGCAAAAAAUUAGCGAAAUUUUAAGUGUGAAGAGGAUCGGAAGACAACACCAGGCUGGUUCGGACUCCCUCGUGACAUGCAAAACCUUUUUCAAAUUGCUCGAGCUGUAUUUUGAUAACAAAAUAGAUGACAAGAAGUAUUCGGGCAUUAUAUACGGCUUGGGGUCCACCAUAAAGAAUUACAAUCCCAAGUUGGAGGACAAUCCGCACAAAUUUAACAGCGCCAAUCAUUAUGGCAGUGGCUACGUGAAGGGCAACAACAACGCGCAUGGGGCCGGCGGCCACUGCUACGGCGGAGCCAACUGCGCGGGCGCGUAUGGCUGCGGCUAUGGCGCCAACUACGGUUGCAGUUAUGGCGGCAAUCAUAGCGGCAAUCAUAGUGCCAACCAUAGCGGAACUCACAGUGCCAACCACAGCGGGAACCACAGCGACAACAACGACAGCGAGGAGCGAAGCAAAGAAUGCAACCACAUGUACAUGGAGGGGAAGAACUGCAUGCUGCACACACACAACAACCACAUGCUCAGCUCCUAUCUGGAGAACAAAGAAUACCAAAUCAGCUUCAGCAAGGACGCCGUCAAGGGCAACGUUAAAAGUGACAUGCUGUAUAACCUCUAUGCAGAUAUGAACCAAAAUAACUACAACACGAUUGCGAAUGUAGGAAAUGUAAUCCCGAACAACAUUGUUGGCCUCUGUUCAUAUGACAACGGCGCUGUGAAUAACCUGGGCUUUGCCAAGUACAGCACCCACCCGCAGAUGGUUAACAUGAAUGCCGUGAACGCCAAGUCGCUGCGGGCCCUGGCUAAUAGCGACGCGCAUGCGAACAGCCUUAGUGGUGGCGACAGCGGAAGCAACAGCGCCAACGGGAGUGGAAGCGGGAGUGGCGGAAGUGGCAGCGGAAAUGGCGGCGGAAGUGGAAGUGGAAAUGGAAAUGGAAGUGGGAAUGGCAAAAAUAACGGCAAGGGAGGAGGAAAGGGCGACAGCAAAGGGGACGGCAAGGGGAACUCCAAAAGUGCUAACAAAAAUAAUAGCAAGAACAACUGCAAGAAUAACGGCAACGGCGGUGGCAACAGCGGCGGCAACAGCGGCGGCAAUAACGGAGGCAACAAUGGGGGAAAUAACGGAGGAAGCAGUGGAGGCAACGCUGGCGGCAACGGCGCGGGGCAUAGCGGCGGUCACGGAGGAGGUCACACUGGGGGAAACGCAAACGGAAAUGGCCACGCCAACGGGCAUGCUAACGGGCAUACGAGCGGCCACAAUGGAGGGAAUGGCAACAGCCACGGCAACGCCAAAGGGAACGGCAAAAGCAAAGGAAACAGCAGCAGCAACAAUAGCGGAAACAACAGCGGCAAUAAUAGCGGAAACAACAACGGCAACAGCAAUGGCAGCAAAAGCAACAACAAUUCCAGGGAGUUCAUCAGCCCUGCGGGGAACGCCAACAAGAACAGCCUGGAAAACAACCCCAAGCCGCUCAAAAACGUGUUUAACGAUCUGCCGAAAAGCCCCAGCAACGGUAAUUUGAGCAACGAUUUUAACAUAGCCAACAUCAGCAGCAGUAGCGAGCAUUUGAAAAAUAUGAACGCAGUGGGAGGAACCGCCAAUCGAAAUUUUACCAACCCUAAUGGAAACAUCAUCAGUAUGAAUAGCGCCAACAUGAAUAUGAACAUGAGCGGCUUGAAGAGCUCCGUCCUCUUAAACAACCUGAGCAUGAGCAGUUUCAGUGGCAUGAAUAGCGGUGUUAAUAUAAGCGGGAAGAACGGCGUAUCUGGCAAAGGCUGUAUUCCAAGCAAAAGCGGCGUGAUUGGGAAAAAUGGCCCAAUAGGCAAAAACAACGUUGUUGGUUUGAAUAUGAGCAACUUAAACAACCCGGUGGUACUCCCAAGUGGCUUAAAUUUGGGCGCAAGUGGAUUAGCCCUCGCGAAUAUAAAUAAUGGCAUGGUGCUUAACAGCAUGGGGGUGAAUAAUAUGAAUAUGAACAGCUUGAGCAAUAACAUCGGCUUGAACCAUGUACCUGUGGUUAACGUUGGAAAUUUAAAUUUCAAGCAAGGCGGCGGCAUCGUUAGCAUCAACAACAGGAGCGCCAUCAACAACUGCACAGUCAGCAGUGUGAACGAGGCGAACCCAAGGCAAAGUGGCUCCAUGAAAAGCCUGAACAUGUCAGAAGAGAAUAUUAUAGACGGAGUUAAGGGUGGCUACGACUUAGACAACAACAGUCCCAUGGCGAGAAACGGAAUUGCACUAAGCAGUAUGUAUGCACCUGGUGUGAACUACGCCAAUGGAGGGAUGGGAAGCCAUAAGAAUAGCGCGAGCGCAAGUGGAAAGAAUAGCAAUAAGAACAACAACAGUAGUAACAGCAACGGUAAUGGCAGUGGCAUUGGCCCCUUUUUAAAUAGCGUAAAUUUCGGCGCUGCCAACGUCGUGAGCAAUGCAGGCCUCCAAAUGAACAGCAGCGUAAACAGCUUUAAGCUUUACUCCAUGCCGAACAAGUACAACUCGUUUAGUAGCUACCCCACAAGUGUGAGCAACCCGAAUGAUAAGGGCACUACGGACGAUUGCGAAAUUGAUGGCGCUCUGUUUGACGGACCAGGCGGAAUGCUCAUCGUCGGGAAUGGAAGCAACAACGGCGGUGGAAACAGUACCGCACAUGUGAGCGGAAAAACGGUUUUGAAUAAAAACGCGAUGAACAAAGUAAACAUGGCGCACAUGAACUAUGGCAAGAACAUUCUUCCCAGUGGUGUAAAUGCGAAUGCCAAUUUUAAGGGAAGCCACAAAAAUAGUGUCCUCAUGAGUAGCGACAUGCCGAGCGGCCUCAUGCAGAAUGGCAACCUGAUGAGCAAGAGUAACGAAAUGGGUAGUGGAAACUUUGACGCUAUAAAUCUGCUGUCGCCAAAUAUGACCAUGCUAAGGGAUGACACCUGCAAGGAUGAAAAAAUGAACAACUUAAACAAAGCUGCAAUUGCGAGUUUUCCCCUGAAGCAUCCGCCACCACCUCCUCCUCCACCUCCCCCACCAUCUUCAUGCAGUUUGACCAACGUGAUGAGUGGCAUGGGCAGCGCCAUGAGUAGCAGUGGUAACCAUAACAUCAGUGGGGAGAAGACGAAAAACAAUUCCUUUAUGAAGAGCCUGAGUUCCUCCUCCUCCAACAACAUGGGCAGUGCUAACUUGACCAACGUGGCGCAUCUAAUCAGUGGCAACGAAGCGAAGAUUUGCAACUUGAACAUGGGCACUACUAACUACGCAUCGAACCACAUGCUGAAGCAUAACAUGAGCUUGGGCAAUUUCGGCAACGUGAGUGGAAGCAACAAACUCAAUUUUGCCAACAUGGCUAACCCGGGCGGUUCCGUAGGCAUCAUUAAGAGCAACUCGCACGGUUCCGUCGGCCCCCUUGGAGGCAUUGGCGGUAUUGGCGGUAUCAGCGGCGUUGGCGGUAUUGGCAGCAUUAGCGGUGUGAACCCCCUAGGCACGAACAUCGUUCCCGCGUACAACGCAGCAGGCAAAGCGCCCCUUGACAGCAGCGACCCCAGAGCGAACCUCAGCUUUAACAGGAACGGCUCGAGCAACUCCAACAAAAAUAACAAAAAUUUUAAUCAGCUGAGCGGCACCGCGAAUGAGAAGAAUAGCAAAAAUAAUGCGAAGGAAGGAAAUGGCAAAAAUACCGUCUUGUUAGCAACUAGCUGUGUUAGCGAAAGCGCCUAUAAUGCUGAUGGAAGUAUCAUUGCAAAUGGAGGUGCGCUGAGCAGCGCGAAUGGCGUGAAUAAUGGGAGCCCCAAGAAUAGCGCAGACCAGACCAAGGGAAGCACCAACACGAAUGCCACCAACGGUAGCGGCAACAAUGGGAAGAACGGCAAGGGUGGGAAAAAUGGCAACAAGAACCACAAGCAUAAUAAGAACAAAAAUAAGAGCGCUAACGGAGGAAGCGCCAAUGGAGGAAGCGCCAAUGGAGGAAGCGCCAAUGGAGGAAGCGCCAAUGGAGGAAGCGCCAAUGGAGGAAGCGCCAAUGGAGGAAGCGCCAAUGGAGGAAGUGCCAACGGGGGAAGUGCCAAUGGAGGCAGCGCAAACGGAGGAAGUACCAACGGAGGAAGUACCAACGGGGGAAGCGCCAACGGGGGCAGUGCCAAUGGAGGCAAUGCUGGGAACAGUGCGAACAGCGGCAACACGGCCAUGAAAAAAAAAAGCAAUGAGAAAAACGCCGCAGACAAAAUGAACAUCAGCAACCUGGAGCAGAAUAAUAACUACGACCCAGCUAGCCAAAGAAAAAAUGGAAACAAAAAUUUUGCCAGCAUUGUAAAGGAGGAGGAAGAAGGUGCCAAGUUUACAGGCGCAAAUGUGCAGCCAAAUGAUGAGAAGAAAAAUGCCCCAAUCGAUAAAAAUGCGUACAACAGCUUUUUAAAUAAUAUGAAUUAUUUCAAGGCGGACAAUGUGAAGGUGUACAAUAGGGGAGGCAUAGGAGCAGUGGGUGGUGCACCUGUAGCUGUAACGGGAGGGUAUGGAAAGAACGCCGCGCAGCAGUUGGCCGUAAAAAAUAACUUCCUCAAUAACCCCAUGUGCGAUAGCGAAAGCGUGUUGCAUAAUUUGAGUAGUGCAAAUAUAAUUAACGAUAUGAACACUCCGGACAUUAUGAGCCCCCCACAUGUGCACACUUAUGCCAACAGUGGUAACGCAGGAGGAAGCGCCGUCGACGUCAACGCGGACAUUCAGUACCUCGCCAGCAUGAAGAAUAGCAAAGGCGGAAACAACUACGCCGAUGUUUUGCAUGGGAAAAUGAACAACUUUAAUAUGAUGAACAUGAGCAAGAUGGGCAGUGCGGCUAAUGCGGCCAAGAAUAACGUGGGUCCUUUGAUGAGCGGCCCGUUGAGCGGCAUAGGCGGCGGUAUAAGCGGAGGUUUAAGCGGCGCUUUAAGCGGCGGCCACGGUGGCAAGCACAACAGCAGCAGCACGGCCGAAAACGCCAGCGCGAACGGAGGCGCCCUCAACAAUCUUCUCAGCAAAAAAAUGGGCAAGGACAACCUAAGCAUGAUAAACCAUGCCAUGAUGAAUAACCUUAACCUGAACAACAUUUAUGCGAACAGCGACACGAACGCGUUUAGCAAAAUGAAUGUUAGCCACAAGGGAGGCAGUGUGAGCAACUCGAAUUUUUACUUUAACGGUGAAGGCGCAACAGGUGUAGUAGCGCGAAACCAGCCAUAUUACAAUUCGUACGCCGAAUCCUUUUCAGACAAAGUAGCCAACAAAUCAUUUAUCGAGAAGAGUGGUAACAUACCGUCUUCCAUUUACAGUGGUAAGAGGGAGGAACCCAGCAUGAGCAUGUAUAACUACGUUGACAGUAAUAACUUUUUGGAGAAAAACGCAAUUCUCGCGGACAAGUACGAGGCAAUGGAAUCGCCCCAAGACAACAUGUUUAACUAUCCCAGUUACGAGUUUAAAAAUAAAGAAAGAAAGUUUUUUUACGACGCGUAG